AUGCCUGACAAGGACGCUGGUACACCCCGUGUUUUCCUCUACCGACACGGGCAGACGGAGUGGUCCAAGAACGGCCGGUACACCGGUGUCACUGAGCUGGAACUCACUCAAGAUGGCGAGAAGCAGGUCCUUGCCUCUGGCAAGAUGAUUGUUGGAUCGGGCAAACUAAUUGACCCGGCCCACCUGGCUCAUGUGUAUAUUAGUCCUCGAAAGAGGGCUAUGCAGACUUUCGAGAUUGCUUUCUCUGAUGCUGCUAAGCAGCAGCUCAGAGACGCAAACAAGGUCAGCGAAACCGACAGACUGGCUGAGUGGGGCUACGGUCUUUACGAGGGAUUGGUGACGAAGGAGAUCCGGGCUUUGCGAAAGGAGCAUGGUCUGGAUACCGAGCAGGAAUGGGAUAUCUGGCGCGAUGGCUGUGAGGAGGGAGAGUCUCCUCAAGAGGUCACGGAUCGCAUUGACGAUCUUAUUAAAGAGAUUCGUGAGCUUCACAAAGACAACAUGCACGGCGAGAAGCAUUGUGACGUGCUCUUGGUGGCACAUGGCCACUUGCUUCGGGCUUUCACCAAGCGCUGGCUUGGAUACCCCAUGGAGUUUCCCCUUUCUAUGAUGCUUGAACCUGGUGCCGUUGGUGUUUUGAGCUACCAACACCAUAGCAUUGACGAGCCUGCCCUGAUGCUCUAUGUAAAUUCUUCGGCAUUGCUUGAAUCUGCCAAUCUCUUGCUGCAGCCCCGCAACCUGUAG